AUGGCGGCGGGCGGGCCGAAAAGGAGGGGGGCCGCCGGAAGCGGGGCGUGGCGACGGCGGCGCGGGGCAUGCCGGGAGCGCUCCGCCUGCACAGGGCCCGGCGGGAGGGUGCGGGCCGCUGAAAGGGGGUCGUCGUGGGAGCUUCUGCCGGCUAGCCUCCGGGGUCUCCUUAGGUCUCGCCGCGCGGCCCUGCGAGCGGGGGCAGUCAGUCUACGCGGAGAUAAGUUAAUCAUCGUAACAACGGGAAUUUUCUCGUCGAGGAGCGAGGCAGCCAAUCGGCGCCCAGCGUCCGGUUGCCUGGCGGCGUCGGGUUUGGUAGUUAACUGGUCAGGUCAAGGAUUGCAAAAGCUGGGUCCAACAUUACCCUGUGAUCCCGAUACUCACACUCUGAUUCUGGACAAAAACCAGAUAAUUAAAUUGGAACAUUUGGAAAAAUGCAGGAAUCUGAUGCAGUUGUCUGUAGCCAACAAUCGUUUGGUACGAAUGAUGGGUGUAGCAAAACUGACUCAGCUCCGUGUGCUAAACUUGCCUCAUAAUAGUAUUGGGUAUGUAGAAGGGCUGAAGGAGUUGGUGCACCUGGAAUGGCUCAACUUGGCAGGAAACAAUCUUAAGGCCAUUGAGCAAAUCAAUUCCUGCGCAUCUCUUCAGCACCUUGAUUUGUCAGACAACAACAUAUCUCAGCUAGGAGAUCUCUCAAAACUUAUGUCUCUGAAGACCUUGUUGCUGCAUGGAAAUAUUAUAACUUCACUUCGUACUGCCCCUGUUUGCCUACCUCAGAAUCUGACUGUCUUUUCUUUGGCAGAAAAUGAAAUCAGAGACUUAAAUGAGGUUUCGUUCCUGGCUUCUCUUCCUCAACUGGAACAGCUGUCAAUAAUGAACAAUCCUUGUGUGAUGGCCACACCUUCAAUCCCUGGCUUUGAUUACAGGCCGUAUAUAGUCAGCUGGUGUCUCAACCUUAAAAUUCUUGAUGGAUACGUGGUUUCUCAGAAAGAAAGUUUGAAAGCAGAAUGGCUCUACAGUCAAGGUAAAGGAAGAUCAUAUCGACCUGGGCAGCAUGUUCAGUUAGUCCAGUACUUGGCUACUGUUUGUCCUCUUAUAUCUACAUAUGGGCUCCAGACUGAAGAAGAUGCCAAACUGGAAAAAAUACUAAGUAAGCAAAGGCUCCACCAGAGGCAGCUGAUGUAUCAAAACCAAAAUGAAGGACCAGCUACAUCUGCUUCCAGCAGAACUUUGCCUGUUACUUCUGGACACAGCAGUCCAACCCAUCUACCACAGAUAGUUCUUGAUAAUGAACGUGUCAUCCAGAAGAAUUCCUGGGUUGGACCAAGUGUGAAUGAUGAUCAUUCCUAUGCAGUGAAGAACACUUUUCUUCAUGAAAGAAAUUGUCACAAGGAGCUGUACCUUGAAGACAUACAGACUGAUGAAGACAAACUAAAUAGCAGCCUGUUAUCUUCAGAGUCUACUUUCAUGCCAGUUGCUUCAGGAUUGUCUCCAGUGUCUCCUACUUCAGACCCGAAGUUAUGUGGAAUCAGUUUGGACCUAGAAGAUAAUGAUAGUACUGUAAUUGAAUAUGCAAAAGAUGCUAAGAGAGGAGAAACAGUUAACAAGCAAGAAGAAACUUCUUGGCUUACAAAAGAGGACUCCAACAAAGUGACAGAAAGUGUGGAAACUCAAGAGCAAAUCAAAGACAGGGUGCAAUUAUCAUCUCUUGAUCUGGUAAAGGCUAACCAGGCUGAUGCUAGCAAUUCUUCAGUAUCCUCUGAAGACCAAGUUCUGCACAGUCAGCCUGGCAACUCAGUAGGCGCUGAAUUGAAAGUUACAACACUCUGUACUGAGCAGGUGACAAGAGAAAAUUCAGAUUCUUUAGCUUCUGUUGGUCAAGGUGCAGAUGAACUCCAAAGAAUGACUAAAGCAGCUACCAAGCUUCAAGCCUGCUGGAAGGGGUUUUAUGCAAGGAACUACCACCCCCAAGUCAAGGAAGUGCGAUAUGAAAUUCGACUGAGCAGGAUGCAGGAGCACAUAAUUUGUUUAACUGAUGAAAUACAAAAACUAAGAAAAGAAAGAGAGGAAGAUAAGAUUCAGAGGCUUGUACAGGAGGAAGCUGUCAGAUUUCUUUGGAACCAGGUUAAAUCCCUUCAACAGUGGCAGCUUACGGUGACACAACACUUAGGUGCUGCUUGUCAACCUGGGAUCCCUUCGGCUGGUGGUACUUGUCUGUCGGAACCCUCUGCUCAAACAUCUACACCUGAGCAAGAAACCCCAUCAGAUGUUAGUUCUGCUUGGUUAGCUCCAGCUAGUGAUGUUCUUCAGGAGAAGUCUUUGUUACAAUUCCCAGAUUCUGGUUUUCAUUCUGCCAUGGCUGACCAGACUCAUACUGGUGACUCAUGUAGCUAUGAAAAGAGUUUAACAGAAGGAACUGAGGGCUCUCUUUCGCUGGAAACUGUCAAACAGUGUGGCAAUUCUGUUUCAGAACAUUCUUCAGAUGUAGAAGAUGACCAUGGGGGAUGUGAACAAAGCAGAGAGAGCUCUAAUAAUGAGCAGGACAACAGGCUUCUACAGCAGUAUUUGGAAUCUGUUGAGCAGCUAGAAGAGGCAGAUGAAGGGACGAACUGCAAUGAUGGAAGAGAAGAGGGUGGCUGGCAGCAAAUUGAUAUUUCAGCUGAGAGCCAAGAUUCUUCAUCUGACAUUCUCUCUGUAGGUAUCCCUCAAGGCACAUCUUCCCCGGCACGAGGUGAAAUGAGUCAGACGCCUGACAGCUGCAAACUAAAUUCAGGAAUAGGUGAAGGGAAGCAAACAGACUGUGAUUCUUCAUUUCAGAUGCUGCAUGUUGGAAUAGCUGUGUAGUAGGCUCUAUUUCACUAAGGACUAGGGAUUCCAUUUCCAGUUUUGUUUUUUUCCCCCAUUUAUAUAAAACUAAUUUCCAUGUGUGCUUGGAUUUUAUUUAUUCAUGUUUUGUACUCACGUUAACAAUUUGUUUUAAUUAGCAUUCUGCUCAUGUUGCUGAGGACUGACAUAUACUGCUAGCUUGAAAUCACCAAAGUUUUCAGUGGCUUUCAUUAUGCACUUUAUUUUCUAACACUUAGCUGAUAUUCUAGUAACUGGCUUCCUUGAAAUUAGUUCUGAAGGGGCGCAGGAUGGUGUUGGCUGUAAAUUCACCUCAGUGAAAGUGUUAGUUAGUCUUGUGAUUUUUUUGUUGUUUUUUUUUUCUUCUAGAGAACAGAAUUGAAUCCUUAUUCUUCAAAGAGAAAAAUCUGAUGAAAAAAGAUGAAAGCAGUUGCCUUUCAAAGUUUUUGACUAGAGCAAAUGUUAACUAGUGUUUCAAAAAUGUGUUCCAUGAAUCCUGUGUCCAAGCCAGUGACAUCUUUUUUGUCUUUUACUUGAAGCUGCUGGCUUGGAAUUUGGUCAGUUACAUAGAUUCUGAAACAAAGACUUAGAGUCAGACCUUAGGGAACUUGAAACAAACUUUUGGUCUUUGUUUUCCCUGGGGUUGAAUUUCCCUGUUUUUUCUCAGGUAAGAAAAACUCCAAGUGGAACCUGCAGCAGCCUUUACUAAAUAAGUUUCAAAAGGGCACGUGAUCUGGGAGCUUAGUUUCCAAGAGUACACUGCUGGGUUUCAGCAGCAGACUUAAUGAUACAUAUUUUGCCUCCACGAGGUUGCUAAUGUCAUUUUGGGAUUCAUGGCUUUCUAGACAUGAGUGUGUUUGGAUCACAACUCCUAUAUACAGGUAUGAAUAUUAAAAGCAAAUGUUAUGGCUUAAAACUAUUGAUAUCUCUCUUGGUUGUUUUUGGGGGGGGUCAUUUUUCUUUUUUUCUACUUUUUGGUAUUUGACAUUCCAAUUGCAUGUAGAUAAAAAAAACUGUAUUAAUUGCCUAUUGGAAAAUAUGCUUAGUUUCCUAAACUCUUUUCACCUAAACACCAGGCGAGGAAUUGCAUUUGUGUUUUGUCUAAGCCAUUUAAUUUUUUUUUUUA